AUGUCGGUGGCACCGGUAUACACGCCACCUCCGGGCUACCGGACCGCCCUGGACGACUUCACGUCCUAUGUGAAUAGGAGCUACGGGCUGCAACUGCAAACCUACGAGGACUUGCAUGGAUUCUCCAUCAACCGUCUCAAUGACUUCUGGAUGGCAAUAUGGCGGUUUCUCGACAUCAAAGCAUCUGUUCAUCCUCAAAAGGCCGUGGACGAGAAUAUUCCCAUCGACCAGUUCCCACUAUUCUUCGAGGAGGCUCGACUCAACUAUGCAGAGAAUAUGCUGUGUGGCGGCGACGAUGACCAGGUUGCUGUGGUAGACAUCAACGAGCACAAUCUGCACAGUCCUCGACGAUAUACGUGGCGGGAACUCCGGGCUUUGGUGAACACCUAUGCGACCGCGCUACGCCGCUCUGGUCUUGUCAGGGGAGAUGUUGUUGCUUUAAUAGGAAGCAACUGCGCGAGGGCGUUGGCCCUGCUUCUUGCCACGGCAGCUGUAGGGGGCAUAUUUGCUUCCUUCGCCACUGAUAUCGGGGAUAAGGCCCUCAACGACCGACUCAGCCAGGUUGAGCCUCGUGUAGUAUUCGUCGAGUCGAGCUAUUCAUACAAUGGCAAGCGAAUCGAUAUCACCUCAAAGGUCGACGGCUGGACCAGCAAGGCCUCUAGCCCAGUGAAGCUGGUUGUGAUAGGUGACACGGCGGGCUUUAAAACCAAGUGUCAGAGCCUGGAGACUUUCAUCAGCGGCAACCCUCCUCAAUCAUCACUGAAAUUCGAGCAAGUCCCGUUCAACACGCCAAUAGUCAUCAUGUUCUCUUCAGGAACGACAGGGAUCCCCAAGGGCAUCGUACAUUCUCACGGGGGUAUCCUCUUGAACGGCUUCAAGGAGCAUCGCCUCCACAACGAUUUCGGACCGCAGGAUAUACACUUUCACUUCAGUGGCAUCGGAUGGACACUGUGGAAUAUAUCGCUCGGUGCCCUCUUUUGCAAAUCCACUCUCGUCUUGUACGACGGCUCACCGUUUUACCCGUCUCCAGAGGAGUUUCUCCAAGGGGUUCUGGCAACCGGAGUCACCGGGUUUGGCGCUGGCCCACGUUAUUUCGCCGAGCUACAGAAGAGAGAUGUGAAACCCAAAAAAUACGCUCAAAAAGUUCGCUCAGUCCUCUCUACUGGCGCCGUGCUGACACCCAGUCUAUCGUCAUGGCUGGGUGAAGCCUUUGGACCGGUGUGCCAGAUCCAGUUCUCCGGCGGCACCGAACUGUGCGGCUCCUUCAUACAUGGCACGCCAUCCCUCCCAUCAUAUCCCGGCGAGAUUGCGGUAAAGGCAUUGGCCAUGGAUGUUGCUGCUUAUUCCCCCGACGGCGUCGAAGUGCCCGAUGGGGAGAGCGGCGAGCUGGUCUGCAGGAAGCCAUUCCCGAAUAUGCCGAUCAUGUUCUGGAAUGAUCCUGGAAAAAAGCGCUACUACAACACGUACUUCGACAUGUUCCCUCAUGUAUGGACGCAUGGUGAUUUCAUCAAGGUUAACCCAGCGACGAAGGGAACCUAUGUGUUAGGAAGGAGUGAUGGCACCCUCAACCCGUCUGGCGUCCGCUUCGGCAGUUCAGAAAUCUACAACAUCCUGUCGUCAGAUCGUUUCACGUCUUCGAUAGUCGAUUCAUUGGUCGUUGGCCAACAACGCCACGCCGCCCCGUAUUCAGAUACGACUGAACGGGUUCUCCUCUUUAUCAAAUGCCACGAAGGCGAAUCGUCGAACCGCAUCCUCCCCAAAAAGGACCUGGAAAACCGCAUACGCGAUCAAAUCGCCAAGGACCUCAGCCGAAGACACGUCCCGGCACAUAUCUUCGAGGUCACGGAGAUCCCGUACAACGCCAACGGGAAGAAGAUGGAGAUCCAAGUCAAGGCGGUGGUGAACGGCGGGGCAGAGGCGAGGGCAAAGCAGCGGGUCAGUCCGCAGGAGCUGGCGAUGCUGGAACAGUUCGAACCGUUCUUUCACCUCGAGAAGCUGCUCAAGAGGCUCGAUGGGCCUGUCUCGAAACUGUAG